AUGAGAACACUUGACAGAUAUCACAUGAUGAUAGUCGCCAAAUACUUUCUGUUUGAAGACGACUUUAUCAAGAUGACGAUGAUCUGCAAAAAGUUCAAAGAAGUGAACGACAUGUUCCAUUUCAAUCCAAUUCCAGUCUCCAAAACUCUUUGCACAUUAUUUCCACACAUCGAGACGCAGAACAUAUACAACUUCUAUGACCCGAUACUCCCGUCUGCCAAGCGUGUAUUAUUUUGGGCGCAGAUAGGCAAUAAACGUCGUAAAAUGUUACUGAAAAGAUACCCAAACAUCGAGUUUUCGUUCAAACGGCUGAUGACUGGAACACCAACAAGUGACGAGUUCAAAGAUGAGCACGACGUUUUUGUUGCCUCUGCGUCUUACUUCAGAACAGUUAAAAAUGGGGUCGUUGAUUUCAGUCAUUACCCAUUCGUUGGGUGUCCAAUGAGUGUCCGUGCAAAUUUCAAUGCACAAAAAGUUGUUCUUUCGCCAAACUUGCGAACAAUUCAAAAAGAUGGGUGGUCUGGCUUUGGCAGUGUACGAGAGAUUGACUUAUCACACGUCACUCGACUUAAAAGUGGAUCCAUCUCAUAUUGUGGAUUCACCUCGUUGACACUCUCAACGCACUUAGAAGUCAUAGAAGACAAGGCUUUGUUUAAUUUAUACAACUUGAAGAAUGUGGUGAUAGAUGGCGACUUGACUGAUUUGGACAUCACAUUGGAUUGCUACAAAACACUCACAAAAUUUGGUGUGAAAGUGAGUGGACGAGUGUGGUGUGACAAACAGACCAUCAGAGAGAGCGAAGACAUCAAAGUGAUCACUCCAACUUAUUUCAACGGUGAUAACAAGACACUUCCCAUCAAAUAUGUUCCUGCUAAUUCUUUCUUCAACGAACAGAAAAUGACCAAAUUGAUACUUCCAACCACGUUGAGUGAAAUCAGAGGGUUUGACUGGUGCAACAAAUUGCAAGAAGUUAAUCUUCCCUUUGUCACGCGUGUCGACAAGAAGUGCUUUGCCAACUGUGUUAAUUUGACGAGUGCCAGUCUUCCAAAAGCAACACAUAUCGGUUCAUUCUGUUUUGAUAAUUGUGCAAAACUUGCCGUUAUCAACUUGUGUGAGCACCUCGACCAUUUAUCACGUGGUACAUUUGCACAGUGCACUGCACUGACUUCACUCAAGUUGCCAGACGCACUCACAUCGAUGGGGAAGAACAUUUUCAACACAAAGAAACAAGAAAAAGCGCCGAUUUUACAAAAAAUGAAACUCCCGACAAACUUGAGAAAACUUGAGAAAUGGGCGGUCAGUGUAGUAGACAUCCCAGAAGUCUAUGUAGUUCCAAAGGGGCUGUUUAAAAUUGGAAAAGGCGCUUUUACAACGCAAAAGAUCAGAGAGUUUGUUGUGAAAUACAACGACGUCUAUUUGGGUAAGAAUCUGUUUGCGUUCAACACAACACUCCAAAAAGUCGUUUUGGAGCAACAGAAGCACAUUGGAAUGAAUUUGUUCUUUGGGUGUGUCAACUUGAAAGAAGUUGUCUUGUCUGACGUUGUCGAGUCGAUCGGCAAAAAUGCGUUCAGAAAGUGUGAGAAAUUGAGUCAAAUUAGAAUUGGAAGUGGUGUAAAAUACAUCGAAAGCAACGCAUUUAAUGGCUGCACAUCACUCGAUAAUAUCACAUUUUGCAACUCAAACGUCAAAAUAGCAGUCGACGCAUUCAAAGGGUGUCACACCAAAAACGUGACACUUGAGACGUGUGACAAAUUGAAGGUGUUCAAUGGAAGAGUGUGUUAUGAUAUGGCACUUAUGAUGAAAGCAAACGGUGUGAUGUGUAGUGUUGUUGAAUUUACAAGAGAUGACAGGAGAACACACGGCAGUCACAUUCCAGAAAUUGUGACACGACUUGGAGUCAAAUGUUUUGAGGGGUGCACAAAUGAAGUCAUUGAAGUCCCAAACAAAGUGACAAAAAUCGGAUUCAAGUGCUUCAACAAAUGCAAAAAAUUGAAAAAGGUUGUUCUAUCAAAAGCACUUUUUGAUGAGACUACAAACACGCUUUUAAAACAGAGAAAAGACCAACACUUCAUUGGGGAAACAGUUGAUGUGGUUUUCAGAGAAUAA